AUGAAGACAAUUAUCCCAAUACUGUUUAAUAAUGUAAAUAAGUUAUCGACGUGCAAUUUAAACGGAGCAAUCUGCUGGCCAAAGCCCAGCUACGGGCCCAUGGAGACACAUAGAUCAGAACUGAUGAAUGGUAUAAAGAUCGUUGCGGCUAAAACAUCGGGAGCUCUGAUGGUGGCAUGCACUAUUAUGUUCCAGGCUGGCUCUCGAUAUGAAAGUCCUGACUUCCUCGGUGCUACACACUUCCUGCGCGCCGCGUCUACAGGAUCUGGUUGCUGUUACACAGCAUUCUCAAAAUUGCGAGUUCUACAACAGCGUGGAGCCUACUUAACUUGCUCGUCUGAUCGUCAGUCUAUUUCGUAUACUUUACGCUCUCCACUGCCUUACUUUGGAGAUCUGAAGUAUUAUCUUCUGGAUACUGCUGCGAGAUGUUGUUAUCAUGAUUGGGAAAUAUCAGACCGGAAGUCACUAGUAAGAGGCGAUCUCGCUAGAAUGAAUCCAGAAGAACGCGUCAUUGAUUUGAUACAAAAGGCAUUUUGGGCUGGUCCUCUCGCCAAUUCAAUUUACUGCGAAGAUGAAAGAAUCGAUGAUAUGUCUGGAGAGUUAUUAAAUAAAUAUGUAAAUACGUACUUUAAGUCCACCAACUGCUGUGUGGCCAGUGUUGGGAUACCAUUUGAAGAGACAAUGAUGUUAGCAGAUAAGAUCGAUACUAGACGGGAAAGGCCAGUAUUAAAACCUCACCCAAAGUCACGACCUCGUGCGGGUUUUGAGUAUUAUGACCUCGGUUCCGGAAGCGACACCUGGAUAGCGGUUGCAGUACCAGGAUGUGGGACUGACGAUAUCACAAAUCUCUAUAAACACGCCAUCAUAGCGUCUGCUUGCGGAACCGGUAACAUGCAGCAGGGUCAACACGAACUUGACAGGAUACCUCAGCCGCCUCUGGGCUUUAUGUCCGGGGAUGACAUAUUCACAAACUUCAGAGCCUUCAACAUUUCAUAUGCUGAUACUGGAAUAUUUGGUAUUAUAGCUAAAACGAGAUCAGAAACAGCAACGAGAUCUGCUUACGCUGUAGCGGAAUUCCUGUCAAAUGUCGGUGAUUUAGACUUCAAACAGAUUCAAGAUGGAAAAAAACGACUUCAACUGGAUCUAGCUAUUCACGAAGAAGAUUGUGUAAAGGUAGUUGAAGGCUUUGCACUCCAGUUGGCUAAUGAUGUACGCAUAGACAGCUUACAAGAGUCCCUAAAUAUGAUCGAUACUAUCAGCCCUGACGAAGUGAAAGCUACGGCGAUGUGUUUAGCGAGAAGUAGCAAUGAAAUGGCAGUUGCUGUAGUUGGUGAUCUUAGUGUUGUUCCGAAUGAUCAUGAAAUACUCAAGAAAUAA